CUUUCAUCCGACAACACAACAUAAAAAUUCAAAAACUUUUUCAAAAACAGUAAAUCAAGUUCCAAUAUCUCAAUAAGACAGUCAACAGCCACAAAUCAAAAUGCAUCGACUUCCAAUUCUUGCGGAUUUCCUGUUCCUCCACAAUUUACUCUGUGAAAAGACGAUUGAUCAUCAAAGUUUUGAGUCAAUUUCGGCACACGUACAGAAAAAGUUUCAGAAAAAUGAUUUUAUCUCGGUCGGGACUUUAUUAUCCUUGCUAAUCAGAAACAGUGACUUACCAGAAACUAACAACAGACUUGUGGCUUACUACAUCUUGUAUGACAUAUUCAGGAAUGAUGAUCCAAUUGAAGUUUCACCGUCUCCAAGAGACUCGCCAUUCCUGUUCUUUUUGUAUCAGUUGGUUGAGUCGAAAGAUUACAAAUUGACGACUGUUGAGAGGAAUUUCAUAUUGCAACUGCUGUCUAGUGGAACUAAGGAUCUUUGCAAGCAGACACCCCAUCACAUCAAGCAAACAACCGAGCUUCUCACAAUUCCAUUUGACCUAUCCAACAUUCGAAAGCUGUGUGUCGAAAAAGACAAAGAAAUAACAGCAAAUGUCAAAAGCAACAUUAUGAAUGUCAUGCCGGCACCAUCCUCCAGCGACUCUGACUCAGCAAUCCGUGAGCUUAUGGAAGGUCUCUUCAGACGUGACACACCACUCAAAAGUGUCUUUGGACCACAAUUUAUGACAGUUGCACCACCACUAUUGUCUUGUGAAGAUGAACUUGUCUGGUUUGACAUAACAAAUCCAGUUGGACAUAAGCCAAUCUAUGACAAUGAAGUCACAGCAGUUCAAAGUAAUGAAACUGAAAUUGAAAAGCUUGUAAUGACUGCAUUUAAGCAGGCAUUAACCUUGCAGGAUCAGAAAAUACUAGAAAAUGAGCUUGAAAAAGAUUCAGAGCUAGUUCAUCACAUAGGAUUGACGCCAGCAAAGCUGUCGGACUUAGUCGAGAAUAAUCCAUUGAUUGCUAUUAAAAUCUUGUUGCUGCUGAUGAACACCUCACAAAUUACAGAAUAUUUGAGUGCUUUGGUCAACAUGGAAAUGUCUCUGCACUCAGUUGAGGUUGUCAAUAGAUUAACAACGACUGUCGAUCUUCCAUCCGAAUUCAUUCAUCUCUACAUCUCAAAUUGCAUCAAUACAUGUGAAAGUAUUCAGGAUAAGUUCCUUCAAAAUCGACUUGUUCGGUUGCUUUGCGUGUUUUUGCAGAGCUUAAUAAGGAAGAAGAUUAUCAAUGUUAAGGAACUGUUUAUUGAAGUUGAAGCUUUUUGUGUUGAAUUUAGUCGUAUUAGGGAAGCUGCUGAUUUAUAUAAGCUAUGCAAAUCAUUGUGAAUUGAGAAUUAAAAGGAACUGAAAAUAAAAUUAAUUUUUCUGAAAAAUAAUCGAAAAAAAACCACCAAAAAAAUAAUUCUGUUUCAGUAAGAAUUCAGUUCCACUUGAGAACAGACACAGCACAGAUCGAUUCUAGCAUAAAGUGAAAUAAAAAUUAAACACAUAAAUUAUCUUCGCUUCGUUAGUCAUAAACAAUGCGGCUCAUUAUCCUCAAAUUACUUUCCUUAAUCCUCAUCAUAAACCCCAAAACCACCUCAGCACAACAACCAAACAUCCACAUCACCUGCAAGUUCAACACAGACUUUGAUUGGCUAAUCAUUGGUCGAGUUUACAUGUGUACAGUUCAAGGCAACCUAACCAUCAUCGCUGAGAACUCGACAGUCACAAGUGUGUCUGGUGAUCACAGAAUCUUUAAAGACAACAACAAUAUCUUUGCACUUUGGUUCCUGGAUAAGGAAAUGUACUUAUUGCCACAAGGAUUCACGAGAUUCUUCAGACACAUUGCAGGAAUUGUGAUUAAUAGAUGUAAAUUGAAAGAAAUCCAUCAAAGUGAUUUGGCGCCUUUUUAUAAAUUGAGGGAACUUUACUUAAUCCAAAAUGACAUCGAAGUUCUUGAA